AUGGAAAAUUCAUCUCAAUAUUACAUUACGGAUAAUAAUGAAAGAAUAAUAUUAAAUAUUGGAGGGGAAAAGUAUGAAACAUAUCGAACAACGUUAACGAGGUAUCCGGAAACUUUACUAGGAACGAUGUUUCAACAGCGUAAUAAAGUUUUACUUGAUCCAAAGAAGGGAAAUGAAUAUUUCUUUGAUCGCAAUAGUAAAGCAUUUCAUUACAUCCUAGAAUAUUAUCGCACAGGAAAGUUAAUAUGGCCAGGUUAUUCAUUACAAGACAAUAAUAACAAUUCGCCAAAUAUUUCGUGUGAAGAAUUAAUUAUAGAAUGUGAUUUCUUUCAAAUUCCUAUACCAGAAUAUAUUAAAUUACGCUCAUCAAAUUAUAUCCUUUCCACAUUCUUUUCAAUCGAAAAUGAGUUAGAUCCUGCCGUUUUAAUACUUCGAAGUUUUUUGAAAAUGGUAAAAUAUUUAAUUUAUUUAUUAAGAUUUAACUUGGAGAGUAGGAUUGAAAUUAAGUUUCCUUCAUCUGAUAAAUCAAAAUUUGAAAUGAUGCCUCCAAGUGUUCAAGAUAACAAAGAAAUUAGAGAAUUGAUUAAACCAUUUGUCGGAAAUGGAUAUAAUAUCUUGCAAAAAUUUCAAGUGAAGAUUAAACAUAAUUUAAUGAAAUUUCUUGACCCUAAUGGUAAUGGUUUAAAAAUUAAUGUUAACGUAAUCGAAAGAACUCUUCAUACGCCUUCAAGAUAUAUUCUGGUCAUUGAGAUUGGCGAUAAUUAUUUCUCGGAUCUUGAUAUUGUCUGGGAUAAAGCUUUGAUGGAUCAAUAA